CUUUGGUCUUGUUUGCAUCUGCAUCUCCUCUGCCGUCGCUUUCUCAUCCUGCAUAUCCAGCCUGCAGCUACCUUGCAGGACUACAGCUUUUCGCGCUCGUUAUCCGCUCCAAUGAUGGCUGGACUCGACAGCCAGGAGCCUGGCCCAUCCUUUGUCGUCAGCAGCCCCCUCGUCAUCGAUAUUCGGGACAUCCACGGAUAUCGUUGAGUCGACAGAAGAGCAUGUCGAAUCCUGUUUCCUCCGAGUCGCAAAAUCUUCUUCCCCCUCCACCAGCGCCUCCAUUACCGCCAGGUCGCCUGGGCCAAUUGCAGAGAAUCAUUGCUCCCUGGGGCAAACAUAUUGGUUCCAAGUCGCAUGGGGGCCCAGCGCAGGGCGACCGUGACGGCGGUCUGCGUCGAAUCACUGGCAUACACACGUACAGCAGCUCGCAUUCCUCCCAGACGGCCACCCAUCGAACAGGCAUCCCCAUUGCCGCCCUCGAUAUCAACAGACAAAAGACUCAUGCUGUCUUGGCCGGGAAAGAGAUCCUGAAAACAGUGCGUGUCCACGAUGGCAAGGUCACAGAAGACCUGAAUAUUCGGGCGUCCAUCAGCUCGUACGCUUCCGCCCACUCCUCUUCGCAGUUGGAUAGCGCCGAGAAGCGGAGGGAAUACCUUCCGGCAAGAGACGUCAAAUGGUCGAUAGGUCACUGGGACCACAUUAUUGCGACGGCAGCUACGAAUGGUCGCAUUGCCUUGUACGACUUGAAUGCCCCAAGCCCAAAAACCGAGUUGGCAUGGCUCCACGAACAUACGGGACAGAUCAACAAGUUGGACUUUGAUCCUCAUGCCGGCUAUCUGUUGCUAUCAGCCAGCCAAGACAAGUCGGUCCGACUAUGGGACUUGCGACAACCUCAGCGUGACAGGUCUCGCAUCAGGUUCGAGGUGCGUAGUGCAGUCCGAGAUGUCCGUUGGUCCCCAGUCGAGCCGUUGGAUUUCGCCAUCUGCGCGGACGGAGGAGUCGUUCAGAAAUGGGAUGCUCGCGUGCCGAGUUUGCCCAAGCUGAGUAUUAACGCACAUGAGAAAGCCUGUUACUCUCUAGACUACCACCCUGACGGGCGUCAUGUUAUAUCAGGUGGGUUCGAUAAGUACAUUAGAGUUUGGGAUUUCCAGAGCGACAGAAAACGCCAGAAGCCCGUCUUUCAGCUCAAAGCGCCUCACGCCAUUAGGAACAUCAGGUGGAGGCCAGCCUGCAAUGCCCCGGAAUCCGGAGAGUCAACCUUUUGGCAAAGCACUCAGGUUGCCGUUUCAUACUAUCACGACGAUCCUCGCCUACACAUCUGGGACCUCCGGCGGCCGCUCUUGCCGUUUCGAGAGCUUGAUAGGUACAGCAUGCCUCCUAACGACCUCUUGUGGGCGGAUAAGGAUCUACUGUGGACGGUGGGUGAUGAGGGCAUUUUCACUCAGUGGGAUAUCAAGCAUAUGGUACCCUUCUAUAACCAAAUUGCUCCAUGUGCCUCGACAUUCCUCCCGGAUGGGGAAUACUACACAUUUUCCGAGGAACGAGACGUCCAGCGAGUGUCCUUUCUGGAAAACGCGGCAGUAGGCUUCUUGAAUGUGCCACCAGACAAAUUAAGCAGCGGUGACGAUGGCGCGGCUAGCCGAAGUCUGACAGAUGAUGAAGGAGGACUCGAAUCGACAGUAGGGACAAGUUUUCGCCGACGCGAAGGUGUAAAUGUCCCGUCGAGGCCUUCUAAAUCUCACACCAACAGUCCAUCGUCAACGGAGGAUACACCGCCGGUCCUCCCUCUAGAUGCGUCCGUCCUUAACCGCCAAGAUUUGUUUAAUAACAAACAGGUGGGUGCGACUGGUUAUAUUCCCGGCGUGGCAGCCGAGCCAGACGUGGUCGAAUACUUGGCUUCACACUAUGCAAUUCCUGCGACUGCCGAUGACAAUAAGUUGUCUCCAGACACAAUACUCAAUCGUUUGCAAAAAGCCUUCCUCCAGAACGCGGCUGCGUGUGAUGCGGUGUCCAUGCAUCGUAUGGCUCAGUCUUGGCGGAUUCUAGGAGCAGUGAUUGUUCCAGAACUCAAGGAUUGGGCGGACGCGAAUCGUGCCAGCCGUCGAGCCGACGCUGCGAGGAGACGCGAGACGUUGGAGAGCUUUCGAGCAGGAGGGCACCGCCCUGGUCUUUCUCCGCUGGCUGGACUUCCAAAUCGAGGCUUCAAUCCGAAGCCAGAUAGCAAAGGUCAGAAACUCAUGAGCAGCCUGUUCAAAGGUGUCGCUGCAGGAGACCGCCCGCAACAAGUCUCUGAGAUGGAUAGCACGUCGAACAUGACGACGCCGUUAGCCAAACCACUACCGAAUUCACCUCCGCCGAGCUUAAAGAGACGACCUCUAGCAACAACCGAAGAAGGGCUGGACAAUAUUGCACCUCUACCUCCCUCAGUCCUGAGCUCACACUCGACUGCAGCGGCAGCUGCGCGAGCCUUGAUCGGUUCUCCUAGCCAAGCCACGAGUUCAGAUACUUCUUCUCCUGAGCUGCACAAGCCUGCUGAAGCAUCCAAGAAUCUGUCAACACAGACUGUCUCGCCAGUCUCACCGGUGAAGUGGCCACGAACCGAGCUCGUAUCCGAACAGAAGCAGAUGCAGGGCCAAAAUCGGAGCCAGGAAGAUCGCAGAGCAGCAUUGCGCGAUUAUCGCAUCCAAGCUCGACCUAUAUUCUCCUUGGCUGAGUCGACCAAAAAUGUAGCCUCGCAAAGCAGGCACGAUUCGGAUGAGAGUUUCCCAAUGUUUUCGGUGUCGACAGACAGUUCGCAUCGGUCCAGGUCAAUUGGACAGUCGUUUGACUCGCCUCGUCCAGGCGUUGCGACGUCUGAGACACACACGGUGAAGGAACCCGUUUCUAGCCUGGAUGAUGACUACGAAACGUCAUAUUCAGACGAUCAUGACGGCAGGAGGCUCAGUCCCAGCCGAGGAAGGACCAUCAUGUCGGACGAGCACGAAAUUGAUAUGUCUGCUAUCCAAACACCGCUGGAAAUGAGCUUCGGGCUUGAUAGGCAAGGACAGCCCUCCGAGUCAUCUCCCAAAGACAAAGGCACGUGGCAUCCGAUUCGGCAACGUGAAUCUGUGCCUGCCUCGCACUUGGACACGGCUGCGUCGUCGUCGCCCGAUAUUUUUCAUUUCGAGGAGGGAGCCUCAAUGACUAAGCCACGAAUACAUACGUCGAAUCCUAUCCGAGCUGAGGGGACGGAUCAAGGCAUUGGCGACGACAAUCAACGCCAAGGAAAUGAAUUGCUGAACCGCCUCUCUAUGGAAGAGUUAGACCAUGAGACAUACCUCUACCAGGAUUUUCGGCCCAUCGAUUUGUCAAAAUAUGAGCCAAAACUGCCAUUCGCAUGGUCAUCGCUUCCGCUCAUAUGCCAAUGCAUAUCCUUUGACCUAGAGAACGGGAUCGGCCAGGCGCAAUUUGCGGCGCAUCUUCUGAUGCAUGUUCACCCAUACUUUUUCCAUGCAAGCUUUCGCAGAUUGAGGCGAGGAGAAGACGAGAUUGCAGACAGCUUCGCUGAUCGAUUGAUGACACCACAGCUUGGACACCGAAUCAUCGAGGGGAUCUUCGAGAACCACCUUUCAUUUUUGAGGCAGAUGGGUCUGUUUGAAUCCGCAGCACUGCUGAGAAAAAUGUGUGUCGAAUUUGAUUACCCUGGAGUCUAUCGGUCACCGUCGGACAGCAAGCAGCCUGGUGGUAGUCUUGGCAACGGAGAUCUAGUGAGUCUGUCCAUGGUUUGCAACAGCUGCCAAGGACCGAUGACGGGAGAAAGGGGCACAUGUGAACGGUGUCGGCAAGUUCGAUCAGUUUGUCCGAUUUGUCAAUCGCUCAGAGAUAUGGUGGAGAAGCAUGCAGGCCUGGAUCUGGGAGCACCUUCGCAGCAUUGGGGCUAUAAUCCCAACAUGUGGAUGUUCUGCCAGGCAUGUGGACAUUCAGGACAUGUCCACUGUCUAAUGGAGUGGUUCAGUCAGCCUUCCAGCGACGGGAGAUGUCCGACGUCAGGCUGUGGUUGCGACUGUGGUCCAGGGCUGACACGAGAACAGCGCAUGCAGCAGCAAGUCAAACGAGAGGAUGAAGCCAAACUGAUUCGGGGCCCGAAUCCUGGGAAUGGCACGGGCGGCUCAACAACCAAGCGAGAUCUGUUGAGGGCGACACCUAGUCCUGCGGUCGAUAAGGCACGAGUGGCACUCCGCAACAGUCUGGCUGGGGAGCGGGCCACUCAAAGCGGCGACGAACGGACUUUGCCCGGCAGAAGAGGCAGCAGUCGGGGGCGGUCAUCAGCAUUCAGCAAUUCAAAGAAGAGCGUUCGACUAGUUACACCAGGUGAAGAGAGUGGACGAUCUCAAUCACGCACUCCAAAUCGUCAGUGACGUUGGUGAUGGUCGCUAGAGCAGGGAGGUUCUCACGAAAAGAGACUUUGAGAGAGGCAAGGCGCGUGAUGCGUCGAGCGUCUUUGCCUCUCGCGCCACCAACUUUCUUGCUUGGCUCUGAUCUAUUCCCAAGCUGUCAGCUCAGCAUCAAGCUGAAGCUGGCUGGUUGUUUUUUAUUUUCUGUACCUAGAGGCAGCAGCAGCGGACCGCGGCCAACUCCUCCUCGCAGGGCAAUGUAUGUAAAGUCGGCCUAGAGGCACAUGGAACGGCACAGUUCUCGUCAGCGGAGCCGUCACCAGACUGAAUUGGGAAGGUAUCGGUGGACGGAAGAUGCGGAAGGUCUUCAGCUGUAGGUAGAGGAGGAACCACGAGCUGGCCUGCAUUAGCUUGAAAAGUGAGCUCCGUAUACUUUUGGGG